AUGGCUUUACAACCAGAGAUGGAGCAUCCUAAAAAGGCUUUCGGAUGGGCAGCUAGGGACUCAUCUGGAGUCCUGUCUCCAUUCAAAUUCUCUAGAAGGGAAACGGGAGAAAAAGAUGUGGCAUUCAAAGUACUAUAUUGUGGUAUAUGUCAUUCGGAUCUCCACAUGCUGAAGAACGAGUGGGGUAGUUCUAUUUACCCUUUAGUUCCCGGGCAUGAAGUUUCUGGUGAAGUGACAAAGGUUGGAAGCAUGGUGACAAAGUUCAAAGUUGGAGACAAGGUAGGUGUAGGGUGCAUGGUUGGAUCCUGCCACUCAUGUCAAAGUUGUGGUGAUGAUCUCGAGAAUUAUUGCUCAAAGAUGAUCCUCACAUAUGGCGCCAAGAAUAUUGAUGGAACAAUCACAUAUGGAGGCUACUCUGAUACCAUGGUUGCCCACGAACACUUCGUGAUCCGUAUUCCUGAUGCCUUACCACUUGAUGCCGCUGCUCCUCUUCUUUGUGCGGGGAUCACAGUAUAUAGCCCUUUGAAAUAUUUUGGACUUAACAAGCCUGGUUUACAUGUGGGUGUGGUUGGUCUUGGUGGAUUAGGUCAUAUGGCUGUGAAAUUUACCAAAGCUUUUGGUGCUAAUGUAACAGUGAUAAGCACUUCUCCUAACAAAAAGAAGGAAGCCAUUGAACACUUAGGAGCUGACUCAUUUGUGGUUAGCCACGAACAAGACCAAAUGCAGGCUGUAAUGGGCACCUUUGAUGGUAUUAUUGACACUGUUUCAGCACUCCAUCCACUAAUGCCCUUGAUGGGUUUAUUGAAGAAUCAUGGUAAACUUGUUAUGGUUGGAGCUCCAGAGAAGCCUUUGGAGCUUCCUGCAUUUUCUUUAAUUGGAGGGAGAAAGAUAAUUGGUGGGAGUAUGAUUGGAGGGAUAAAGGAGACACAAGAAAUGAUUGAUUUUGCAGCCAAACAUGAUGUGAAACCUGAUAUUGAGGUUAUUCCAAUAGAUUAUGUGAAUAGUGCAAUGGAUCGUCUACUCAAAGCUGAUGUGAAAUAUCGCUUUGUUAUUGACAUUGGAAACACGUUGAAAGCAAGCUCUUGACCUAACGAACCUGUUUAGAAAAUAUAAUUCUGUUUGCUAAAAAAAAAUAAAAAA